AUGCAACAGUCUUUAGAACGAGCUCUGGACCGUGCGGAGUACGUCAUUGCCAGUGCCCAGCAGAGGCCUCCUAAAAGGAAAGGCUCAGCGAGUGGGGGUGCAUCUCUGGAUGAAAAACUUUAUGACCUGUAUGUGGAAGAAUGCGGGGAAGAGCCUGAGGCUACGGAGGAAUUAAGAAGCAACGUGAACUUGUUGGAGAAGCUCCUGAGGAGAGAGUCGUUGCCGUGCUUAGUGGUCAACCUAUACCCAGGGAAGGAGGGAUAUUCGCUGAUGCUCGAGGGCGAAAAUGGAUCCUAUUCGGAGACCAUUCGACUGCCUUACGAAGAAGGGGAGUUGCUCGAAUACUUGGAUGCUGAACAAUUACCUCCUGCUCUGGUGGAUCUCCUGGAAAAAUCUCAGGUUAACUUUUUUCACUCUGGGUGUGUCAUAGCCCAGGUACGGGACUACCGGCAGUGCAGUCGGGAACCUCCCGGCUACGCGAGCAGGCAUAUUCUCCUGCGGCCAACGAUGCAGACGUUAGCCUGCGACAUGCAGUCCAUGACCAGCGAUGACCAGACCUGGACCCAGGAAGACAGGCUUUUGCUGGAGAGCCAGCUGAUCUUAGCCACGGCCGAACCGCUGUGUCUUGAUCCUUCUGUAUCAGUAGCCUGCACUGCAAACAGGCUGCUCUAUAACAAGCAAAAGAUGAACACUGGCCCCAUGAAAAGGAGCUUCAAGAGGUAUUCUGCACCCUCCCUGAACCGGCAGCAGGAGCUGUCUCAUCGUCCACCUCCUCCUGAGCUGAGAGCAUGGCCUUCUUACAAAAAAAGCAGAGAAAGUACAACAAGUGAUAAUUGUGACUUCGUAAUUUCUAAACCGGGGAAUUAUGUAGAUACGUGGAAACAGAGACCCCGUGACUUGGCUGUACCUUCUGAAGUGGACGUGCAGAAAUAUGCUAAAUGGGAGAAGUUUGUCAAAUAUGAUGAGUCACAACCAACAGACUGGCCAGCCCACGAGGCAAAAGAUGAUUUUGAAUUUGGAUAUGAAGGUGGCGAUGAGUCUCAAACAAAGCCAGCCUUCAUGCAGUCACUUAAUGAUCCACUUAUCUCUGGUAAAAGAAGGGUACGUAAAAAAAUCAGAUAUGAAAGACAGGCGUCCCCUCCGCACUCCUCCACAGGUGACCAUUCAACUAGUGUUCUGCCUAGGUCAAAGAGUGAUGCUGGGAGGGAAGUCACUGUGUCACAGAGCUCCAGUGGCUCAGCCAGCCUCAGCCAGCUGCCUCCAGGGAAAGAAACAGAAGAGCCUGAGAUCGUGUGUGUUCAGUCUUCAGUCCUGGGGAAGGCAGUCAGCCAUCCAUCUCCAGCCAUCAAACCUCCCUCAAGCUCAGGAAAGACUUGGUCAGGUAACAGUUUUACUCCAUGGCAGGGAAGCAGCUUUCUUAAGUCUCCAUCUCCUGCUCCAGCUUCUAAGCCACCAAGUCCUUCCCAGAAAUCCCCUGUGGAAGUGAAUCCAAUCAGCACAUUUCCUGUGGCCACUCUGUCUACCACCAGCUCUCUACAAAGAACCCUGGCCACCCAGGUCACAGCCAAUUCUGCUGGCUCCAACAUCAUCCAAGUGGUGGGCCCUGUCAGUGGAGUCCAGGCUUGGGCAAGGGAUUCCAGCCUUGGGCAGGGCUCUACCACUGGGGCCACAGCUCCUGCGGGAAUCAAGCCCAGUAACUUGCCCUCAGGAUCUUGGCCACCAAAUGUAGGGCCCACGGCACUGCAGCCUCCUUCUCAAGCAGGUGCUCAGUUUUUUUUUAACGAUACCCCAAGUAUCAGGCCAGUAAGCAUGUUCCAGCUUCCACAAGGUUCAUACCUUUUGAACACCCAGCAACUGAACACACAGCAACAGCCUCAGCAGCAGUGGCUCUAUCAGCUGAUUCCACUACAACAACUUCAACAACCUACAGCUUCCAGUCAGCAGCCCACAGCUCCUCAUCCUCAGCAGCCAGUAUCACAGGGUUCAAGUGCACAAGGGUCAACCAGUCAGAGAACAGCCUUAUCUGCUCAGCAAGCUGUUGUCCUUAACCUUGCUGGAGCAGGAAGUUUGCUGCAGCCCCUGCAGGCAGCUGUGUUGUCUCCACUUGGCUGUGUGGAGAGCCAGAGAAGACCUGAGCAGAGCGGCUCUCUGCACACGCUGCACCUGUCCUCUGCCUUACAGCUGCAGCCCCAGCAGCAGGUACAGCUGAGAAUUCUGCCACACCCAGUGCCUCUGACAACAGUGGCCUCCCCAACAGCUCAGCCACAUCCAUCUAGCGAGCAGACAGCAAAUCAGUCAACAGGUAAAAUGAAGAAAGGCACACCAACCACUCCAAAAUCCUAG